GUUUCACUUUUGGUUUCCUAUCUCAGGCCUUCUUCCUGGAAGGACAUCAGGCCUGCAUGACUGGCUGAGCCCACAGGGAUUCUGAUGGCAGAGGAGGAGGCAGGGGCAGCUGUGGAACUCCGGGGGCUGCCCCCUGAAGUGCCAGAUGAGCUGCUCACCCUCUACUUUGAGAACCACCGUCGCUCUGGGGGAGGGCCUCUGUUGAGCUGGCAGAGACUCGGCCGUGGGGGUGUCCUCACCUUUCAAGAUCCUGCAGAUGCAAAGAGGGUCUUAAGCCGGGCAGAACACCAACUCUCGGGUGCACGACUGAGCCUGAGACCAGCUCCACCACGUGCCCCGGAACGUGUGCUUCUCCAACAACUGCCGCCGGACACUUCACCUCUGAGCCUGGAGCAACAUGUUCAGGCCCUGCUGUGUGCCGUGGGACACCCAGUGCAGGCUUGCCAUGCCUUGGCCAGUCCUAGGCAGGACUGUGCCCUGGUCCAGUUAUCCAUGCCCCUUUCUGAGGCAGAGGUCUGUACCCUGGAGGAGCAGGCCCGGAAUCUGCCUCUGAAUGGGGUCACAGUGUCCUUGGCCUGGGUGCCCCAGACCCGAGCCGUACGUGUGGUGGACAAUGCUGCCCCGGUGGACCUGUUGCUGCUGGAACUCUACCUGGAGAAUGAACGUCGAAGUGGUGGGGGGCCCUUGGAGGGCCUGCGCAGCCUGCCCAGGCAACUGGGCACUGUUAUCAACUUUCAGGAAUGGCAGGUGGCUGAACGGGUGCUGAAGCGGAAACACUGGCUACAGGGCUCUGAGUUGAUCCUUGUCCCCCACUAUGAUGUGCUGGAGCCAGAGGACCUUGCUGAGGGCACCAGUGGAGAGGAUCACCCAACCAUGCAGGAAUCUGGAGUCACUGAGCAUGCUCUCCUAGAUACUGGAGGGCUGGCAGGGGCCUUGACUAUGACUGUGGGCUCUGGGGAGGCACCAGGACAAUUAGGAGCCUGUCUAAGGACAGGUCCUGUGGGGGCUCCAGAACAAGCCAUGCCAAUUGAUUCAAGGCCUGUGAGAUCUCUGGAGAAAGAAGAGCCUAUAAACCCGGGAACUACAGGAUCUCCAGAGCAGGCUGGUGUCAUGAGGGAGGGGAUUACGGUGUCUUCAAGCCCAGUAGGUCCAGUGGAAAGCUUUACAGGGCCCUCAGGGCAAGUAGGAUCUAUGGCCUCAUACUCUGUGGGAGCUGAGAGGCAGGAGGGCCUGGGAGAAGUUGCCACAGGCUCACCAGGGCAGGAGGGGCUGGUGGGUCUAGUGGGGAUUGCCACAGACUCUCCAGAGACAGAGCUAGAGAGCCCUGGGUAUGGGAAGCCGCAGAGGCAAGAGGACCCGGUGGAGACAGUAAUGUCAAUGGAUCCAGGGGCCAUGCGCUUCCUGCAGCUUUAUCACGAGGACCUUCUUGCCAGCCUGGGAGACGUUGCCCUUUUCCCACUGGAAGAAGUAGACAUUACUGGCUUUCGGCUUUGUGGACCUAGGGCCCCGUGCCAGGCAGCCCAGGAGUUGCUGCAGAGUCUGCUGGGCAGCAUUAGCUGCCACAUGCUGAACAUGAAGCACCCGGGCAGUGCCAGGUUCCUGCUGAGUGUGGAGGGGCAGCACCUUCUUCACGGACUGGAGGCUCAGUUCCAGUGUGUUUUUGGGACAGAACAUCUGGCCAGUGUCACCCUGGACAUAGAUCCUGAAAGGGCAGAUCCCACUGAGGCCCUCCAAGUCCUCCAUGGCCACAGUGCAGGCAGCGAUCAGGAGAACAUGAGACUGGAGGAAGUCCAAGAGCUUCUGGCUACCCUGGAGGGCCUGCAUGGGGAGGACUGGCUGCCUCUGGAGAUGGGGAUGGAGAGCCCUGGAGAGCAGCCAGAGGAGCCCACCCUUGAGCAGGAGGAGGAAACGCCCACACCUGAGGCUGGGGAGGAGACUGUGGCCCUCGGCACUGGGAAACCCGGACGGUUAGAAGAAGAGGCCACACUGCAGCUGGCCAUCCACCGAUCCUUGGAGUCUCAAGGCCAGGUGGCGGAGCAGCAGGAAGCUACUGCCCUAAGGCAAGCCCUGGCCCUCUCCCUGUUAGAAUCAGAAGGGCCCCUGGGUGAGGACCCUGGGGGCAGGACACAGCUGGCGGUGCACACAUCCUUUGAGCAGGAUGUGGAUGAACUGGACCGGGCAGUAUCGGCUGCCUUGGAGGGACAUCUCCGGGAGGAGACAGUGAAUCUCCAAGGCCGUAAGCUGCCCUUAGAGCUUGGGGCUCGCCUAGAGAGGUGCCAUGAUGUGAGUGUUACCCUGCACGGUGACCACAUCAUCCUCCGUGGCUUUGGAGUCCAGCCUGUCCGUGCAGCUCACCACUUAGCUGCUCUGCUUGCUGGCCCCUGGGACCAGAGUUCGACCUUUCCUUUGGAAGCUCCAAACAACAACUUGUCAGAGCCCGGACUGAAAGAACCUUUGGGCAGGCUGGAGGCCCUGGAAGAGAAUUCCAAGGAGUUCCAGGAUGUGGUGCAGGCCUUUUAUGACACCUUGGAUGCUGCCCACACCAGGAUCUGCAUUGUUCGAGUGGAACGUGUGUCACACCCGCUGCUGCAGCAACAGUACCAGCUGCAUCGGGAGCGCCUGAUGCAGUGUUGCCAGCAACGCCCCGUGGAGCAGGUCCUCUACCACGGCACAUCAGAGUCUGCAGUGCCUGACAUCUGCGCACACGGCUUCAACCGCAGCUUCUGUGGCCGAAACGGCACACUCUACGGACAGGGCGUGUACUUCGCCAAGCGCGCCUCCCUGUCGGUACUGGAUCGAUACUCGCCUCCCAACACAGAAGGCCACAAGGCAGUGUUUGUGGCCCGGGUGCUGACCGGUGACUAUGGACAGGGCUUCCGUGGUCUGAAGGCGCCUCCUUUGAGGGCCUCCGGUCAGGUCCUUCGCUACCACAGCGCCGUGGACUGCCUCCACCAGCCCAGAAUCUUUGUCAUCUUUCACGACACCCAAGCUCUGCCCACUCAUCUAAUCACUUGCAAGAACAUAUUCCGGGGUACCCCCUGAAGACUCCCUUGGUCUCUUGAAUCUCUUUCCUGGACGUCUGACCAAAGAGGUCAGCUUCUGGUUCCCUGCCUAAGCGGCAGAGCUUCCCCUGGGGGCGCUCCUGCCUCUGGCUGAAAAACCAGGGUAACAGUGGACUAGGGAGGGCCAGACCUAACCGGUCCCUUGGCCGGCUCGACCGCCAGGGGUCAGCAGAACACGGCAGGAGGGUGCACAGCCCGUCACGCCCGUCUUGGUGGGACCGCGCCCUAGCGCGGCUCUGUCUUUGAAUAAACCUGUACUUGAAACCAG